AUGACGAUACAUGGCAUGUUUCGGCGCAUUGUGCGCAAUGAUGCUAUCCGUGUUGACCCGCCGGAGAUUUACAACUGGCGUGUCAUUGCUCUGACAGCUUCGGCGUGUUUUGCUGGAGCGCUGUUUGGAGUUGAUGCUGGUAUCAUUGGUGGCGUGCUGGCUAUGCCAGACUUCAAACGGGAGUUUGGUCUUGACACUCGGCCGAAAGAAGACGCAGCUGAUCUAGCAGGAAACCUCGUCACGACAAUGCAAGCUGGUGCAAUCGCUGGAGCUCUCCUGUCCAGUCCAUUCGCUGAUCGCAAGGGUCGAAAACCAGCGCUGCUUCUUGUUGCGGUGACGGGUUUCGUCGGUGGUAUCAUGCAAGCCUUCUCUUACGGUCACCUCUCAGUCUUUUACAUUGGACGAUUCGUCGAAGGCCUCGGUCUCGGCGCAGGAACAAUGCUCGCGCCAACAUACGUCUCUGAAAACUCCCCACGUGCCAUCCGCGGUUUUCUCGUAGGCUUCUUCCAACUCCUCCUCGUCCUUGGCGGCAUGACAGCAUAUUUCAUCAACUACGGCUCCCUUCUGCAUCUCCCCGGCAAAGCAACAUGGAUGGUCCCCCUAGGAUGCCAAUCCAUCUGUCCAGCAUUACUCUUCUUCAGCAUGCUCUUCUGCCCUGAAUCACCACGUUGGCUAGCUUCGCGAGAUCAGUGGGAGAAGGCUGGAGCUGUAUUGUCAGAUGUGAGGAAAUUGCCGGUGGACCAUGCGUAUAUUCAGCAGGAACUGUUGGAGCUGAAGACGCAGAUUGAUCAGGAGAGAGAGAUCAUGCAGGAUACGGGGUUUUGGGCGAUUCAGAAGGAGUGCUGGACUUUGUCUUGGAAUAGGAAGAGAGCGCUUUUGACGGUGGCUAUUGUUACCCUUGGGCAGUGGACUGGCACUGGUGCUAUCAACUACUACGCACCUACAAUCUACGGCGUCGUCAAAGUCGUCACAUGCUUGAUCUUCAUCUUCUUCCUCGCCGAUUCCCUCGGCCGUCGCAAGUCAUUCAUGUUCGGCGGUGCAAUCCAAGCGUUCUGCAUGUUCUUUGUCGGCUUUUAUCUCCGCUUCGGCCCUGAGCCUGGAGAGGGGGAUCAUCCUCCUCCCGCGGGUAUCGCUGCUCUGGCUAUGAUAUACAUCUUUGCUGCGGCUUUCAACAUGAGUUGGGGCCCUGUUUCAUGGAUCUAUGUCUCUGAAAUUCCAACGAAUCGACUCCGUGCAUACAACGUUGCCCUCGCUUCAUUUACUCACUGGGUGCAUAACCUUGCAGUAUCAAAGUCAACGCCAGUCAUGCUUCUACACGAUCCAUGGAGAGCGUACUUCAUCUUUGGGUCGUUCAACCUAUUCAUGGCGAUUGCUGCAUACUGGAUUCCAGAGACCAAGGGCAUCUCACUGGAACGUAUGGAUGAAGUUUUUGGUGUCGCGGACUUUUCCAAUGUCGAGGAUGUCGGCAUCGCAGCACGUCGCGCAAAACGAAUCGAUGACGAAGACGUGGAAGACAUCCAAGCCCCCGGCAAGUCCUAA